ACAAAUAAGAUCAAAGAAUCAAGAAAGAAGCUUCAGCCUGUGUUGAAGUCAUUACAAUUUGGUAAUCAUACCCAAAUUUAUUUCUCUUUUGGAGACUCUUCCUCUCCUGUUCCUCUUUCUCACUCAAAAAAUGAGUCGCCAUCCUGAAGUUCUGUGGGCUCAACGUUCUGAUAAGGUUUACCUUACUGUUGCUUUACCUGAUGCCAAGGAUGUUUCUGUGAAGUGUGAGCCCCAGGGUUUGUUUAGUUUCUCUGCUUCGGGGGUUCAAGAUGAAUCCUACAGCUUUAGCUUGGAACUUUAUGGAUCCAUUGAACCUGAGGGUUGUAAAACUAAAUCUGGUUUAAGAAACAUACUAUGCUCAAUUCAGAAAGGAGAAAAAGGUUGGUGGAAGAGGCUAUUGAAGUCUGAAGAGAAACCUGCUCCAUACCUGAAGGUUGAUUGGAACAGAUGGUGCGAUGAAGAUGAAGAGUCAACUUCUGAAUUGGUAUCUGAUGAUGAUUCUCGGUUUGUUGGUCAAGAUGAGGGAAGCAGUGAUGAUGAUGGAAUGUUGUAUCUUCCUGACUUGGAAAAGGCUAGGGGAUAGUAACUCUUAUAGUACUAACUAAGAUAUAAGAAGCAUGGGGAACAUGGAAUCAUGUUGAACUAUUCUGAUAGGGGCAGAAUUAGACUACUUUAUAAGAUGCACUGUGAUAUGAUUGUGUGGCUGCCUUGUAUAUAAAAUCUUAGUAGUAGUGCUUUGGAACAAAUAGUCUCCAUCUUUUGUGACUACUUGGAACCAAUUCCGAUUAGGGUUUCUUUGAAGGGAAUUCUGGUUGCUUCAUAUAAUCAGUCUAACGUUGUUCUAAACAACAUUGUUUUAAGAUUGGACAUCCCUAACUUUGAUUACGUGUCUUUCAAGAUUUUAACUUUUAUCUGAAAGGCCAUUCUUCUGUUUUGUUUCAUUUUUAUGGGAUUUAACGUUUCUGAAAAGUACUAAGAUGGAAA